GCGCUGCUUUGGAGCAUUUCCAUCAUCCGGUGUAAAUGCAUGCAAUCGCGCAAUAAGAGUUGACAAUUGUGUGUUACACGACUGUAUCUUGUAUUGUUUUGGUGCGAGUUAGUGUUUCUGAAACUGUUCACAUAUUAUGUAUUUCUUGAAACACGGAUAAGGGCACCAGAUGAAUAUAUGCGAGUCAAUGGGAGUUAGAUGAGACAAUUGUUCGAUCUCAAAAUACCGUGGCCCUGUAUCGUGUGAACCGGCGUGUUGAAAACCCUGCGAAAUGGAUUUGAUCUGAUAUGUUUAGCACUUUUGCAACAUGAUUCAAUAUUGUAACUGAGUGUGUUGUAGUCAUCGUUGGAGAAUAAAGGGAGAGAAUAGUCUCACCUCGACCAGAUUAGGAGACAUUACCGCUGGUCCAACCAACCACAAUGAUGGAUGGUAGUGGUUUCCCCUCGUAUGGGACUGGCUUGACUCCGAAUCCACAACAAGCACAGAGUCCACUUAUGUCUCCAGCACUCAGUGGAUAUGGCUUGGGGGCCACACCCAACCCUAUGCUCCCACCCUCAAAUGUCAGUUUAUACCCACCCACCCCAGGGGGUCCCAUGACCCCCGGAACUCCAGCCACACCUGCAUCAGAAGGAUCAGGCAUUCGACCACAGCUACAGAAUAUCGUCUGUACAGUCAACCUUGGCACCAAGUUAGACUUGAAGAAGAUAGCGUUACAAGCCAGAAAUGCUGAGUACAAUCCCAAACGUUUUGCAGCCGUCAUCAUGAGGAUACGAGAUCCGCGGACCACCGCUCUCAUUUUCAGUUCAGGAAAGAUGGUGUGUACAGGGGCCAAAAGUGAAGAACAAGCCAAGCUGGCAGCAAGGAAGUAUGCCAGAAUUGUCCAGAAACUUGGCUUCCCGGCCAAGUUCCUUGACUUUAAAAUUCAGAAUAUGGUAGGAAGCUGUGACGUCAAGUUUCCCAUCCGACUCGAGGGCCUGGUCCUAACACACAGUCAGUUCUCCAGCUACGAGCCUGAGCUGUUCCCGGGGCUCAUCUACAGAAUGGUCAAACCCAGAAUUGUGUUGCUCAUAUUUGUGUCUGGAAAGGUUGUAUUAACAGGUGCGAAAGACUGGGCGUACAUCAUGCGGAGAGAGAUGCAGGAGAUAAUCCCAGGCUUGUUUCUCGGUCCGUAUGGUGCUGCUGCCAAAUCCAAGUUUCCCCUGCUCCAGGGCCUCGGGAUCACACACGUUGUGUGCAUCCGCCAGACCAACGAGGCCCGCUUCAUCAAGCCCAACUUCCCAGACCACAUGAGGUAUCUGGUGUUAGACAUAGCAGACACAGUGACAGAGAAUAUCAUCUGCCAUUUUGGAAAGGUGAAGUGUUUUCUGGACGAAUGUUUCUCAUACGGAGGCAAGGCGUUGGUUCAUGGCAAUGCAGGCAUAUCUCGGAGUGGGGCCUUGGUCAUCGCCUUCGUCAUGGAGAAGUACGGGCUGACGUACCGAGAUGCCUUUGUCUAUGUCCAACAACGCAGAUUUUGUAUCAACCCAAAUGAAGGUUUUGCUCAACAGCUCAUGGAGUAUGAGCCCAUCUACCGCGCCCGCCUCAGUGCUAGCAGCAGCUCUACAGACACAGGUUUAUUGAAACGGAAAACCAGACAUGAUGAGGACGAGGAGGAUGUGAUUCACAGCCGUCCCUGCAUGACGUGAGGACCAUGUUUUCCUCGGGUCACCAACAGUGAGGCGUCGCCCCAUGAGGACCAUGUUCUCCAUGGGGGCCAGACAUCAUGGCCUCAUCACAUGGGCAGACGUGUUGGAAGAUGUGCUUGGCGUGAGCUGAUGAGUGACUUCUAUGGAUGGACCGUUUCCACGUAUUACACUGAAUGUGCCAACUGUUUACUUAGCAACAACCAUGUGCAGGGUUCCCACAGACUCAUUCAGGGAAAUAUAAGGCAUAAGUCGUGACAUUGUUCGGGAAUUUCUAAGGAAGGAAAGAUAUUGAAUUAGCAGUCAGGGAAGUUUGGUAUGAUAUGGUAAGCUGAUCUCAUAUUUUACUGCUUACCUGGUUGUACUCAUUAGUGUUUUCGUAUCGGAUCUGUUUAACAGCUUCUGUUUAGAUGGGAGUGGUUUUAUGUAGUGACGGAGCUGUUGGCUUACAUGCCUUGGACAUAGCUUAGCUAUUAUUUGUUCCCCUUUGCACGGACAAUGUGGUCACUGAUGGUAGGUAAUGGAGUGAGUUCAAUUUUUACUUCACAUCAGCUGUUUCAACCACAUAGCGAGGUUGCUGAUGGAAUUUUCUCGGAUGAUUUGGUAAAAAAACUGUGGAGACCCUGUAUAUGUUAGGCUAACAAAAGACAGUUCAUUUCUGACAGGUGCAACAGAUGCAGUGUCAUAUACAGAAACAAAAUAUACUACUCAACUUGUGAUGGGGACAAUCAGAUAUGUCAUUCUAUUUAAAUAUACACUUGACAUGAGGAUAAGGGGUCCGUUCCACAAAGCGAUCGUAACGCUAAGGUGAUCGUAACUCCUAUACUUUAACACAGACUUACGACAGUCGUAGCCCUACGAUUGUUUUGUGGAAUGCGGCCCAGUUUUGUGUAGCAUUGAAAGAUACAAACAUCCCUAUCAAAAGUAGAGUAGCACAUUUUGUUUCUGCUCUUUUCUUUACCAACAUUUAGAAUUCUUCCUCUCGGUAAUCCAAUUUUAAGAGACACCACACCAGAGUUUCAGUGUUUUUGCUGUAGAAUCAGUGUCAGCCAACCUGGGACGGAGUCGGAUAUGUUACGGCUGUAAGAGGUCACCUAGUGGCAACAAUGUGACCAUAAUAGCAAAGAUCUGACUGUCAACAAGUGCUGCGGUCGUGGGUCUGGAUCAUUGGGGUGAUCACUGAGGCAGUCAGAGUCCCCUUGAGUACAGAAGCCAUUAUUGUAAUUCUCAUCCAGAAGAGAUUGCACCUUCCAGCAUCUUGUUGGAGGUGAAAGGUUUUCAGUGUAAUCUGGUUUUGCAGUUGACCGUCAGUAUUUCCUUGUUGGUUCUGUUUAUGGAACUUGCUGCUGCUGGUUAUUUCAAUUAUUUUACCAGCUUUAAGCCAAUGAAAUGUUUCUGAGAAUGUAUUGAUGAUUUGUUUUAGUCCUGCGUUUGAGGACAUGCAAUGAAUUAAUGACUUAGUGAUGAAGUUGAACACGGUUGUUACACAGAUGUACAUCUACUGUUACUUCUGGAAAAUAUGUUUUUGAUGCUGACUACAGCAUAAUGUAUGUUAUUUUGGAUGGAUCCUUGCAACGCAUGUCUGUUACUACAGGUAUGGUUGAAUUCCCCACAGCUUUCACGAAUACUGGUGGUAUUCAUUAUAGUUAUCAGUAGUGGGGAGGAAGGUUCAUAUGCUGUGUUUCAGUAUGUCAGUACAUCAAUAUACAUCAUUGGAAGUCAAUGGGUACACCAGUAUGUUGUCAGUGUGAGUGAUCAGGAGGGUGUUUGGUAGCCUUACGAGGAUAUGGAGUGAGUGAGGUCAUGAACCCUUGAGAGCAUGUCUGUAAUUAUCAUCUUGGGCUCUGACUAAUUAGGAUUGCGUGGUAACGUUAUGUGACGUGGCUGAUUGUAAGUCAUUGUACCCAAUGACAUGGAUCAUUGCCCAUGCUGUUCACCCUUGGCUUCUCCACCCCAAGUCUGUGAGUUCCAUGUGUAAGUAGACGUGGACACAGGUUUUUAUGAGCCAAAUGACUUACACAAAUGUUCAAAUUGUAAAUUUCCAUACAGCUUGCUAUUGACACAAGUUCAUAAGUAAUAAAGACAUAUUUUCAGUGAACUGUUUGUGCCAGUUAGUCAAUCGUGUUGAGCCAGCUGCCUGUCAGUGUGGCCAAUAGCCUGGCUAUAUACGAGUAAUAACGUUAUUUACAGUUUGCGAUGAUGUGGCUGCAACGUUGCUGACUGCGGCGUACGAGUUACCAACUCAUUGUUAUUAGUAUCAUUAUAUUUUGAUAAAGAUAACCUUGCCAAUAUGUGUCAUGUACAUUGCCUGAGAUAAUGCUAAUGUUUGCAUAUGUUUUUUAUAUGAAGAAUCGAAAUCCCAGAUUUGCCCUGGUUGAGCCUUAGUGGAUUCUAGUUGGUUUACUAGACUGACCAACCCCAAAAUACUGAAAUUAGGACUUUGGACCGUUAUGCAUUUUUUUUUAAGGGUGGUGGACUCAAUUACAGUUAGAUGACAUGAAAACCUCCAGAGAUUUUAUCAUCGUAAGAAAUGGUAAAUAAAAUGUUUAAAAGCUAUAUUCUAACAAAACAGCAACAACAAUCAAUUAUCUUUUGGGGUCUUGUCAUGUUAAACCUUGUGUGUUUUUCAUUAAUUAGUAGCAGUACAAAUGGGGAAGAUACAUUUUUACAACAUUGAAUUUUAGGCCAAAAAUAUUGUAAUCCAACUGAUAAAAAGUAAAACACCUGACAUUGCAAGGUUUGUCAGCACCAUCCACAUGCCCGUGGGUUUCACCAAAGUGAUCACGUUGACCCUGCAGGGAGCAGAGGAUGGGGGAUGGAUAAGUCUUUUGUUACUCCCCUUUGAAAAGAAUUCCAGUCAUAUCACAGCAUGUUAGCUUCAUGUUGGAGGAAAGCCUGAAGUGAUGCAGGUCUCAGAUGUUUACAACUUUGGUGAAACCCACAAGCAUAGGUAUGGCCAUGACAAACAUAAUCACCACCAAUCUGGACUAAACCCCAUCACCUAUGUUCUAUCAAAUUAAUCAAAUAGAUUGCGUACAUGAGUCCAGAUAUACAAUAUUGAUGGUGUAACAACAGGAUUAACUUGCGUUAUUCAAAACAGACUUGUUAAAGUUCUAUUUCUGAUGACUGAUCAUGACGAGGCAUAGUUUUAGGUUGGGGGUCCGGCUUAUCUACCGCACAUAACAUUUUGGUACAGAUUUCAAGGACCAAGUUAAUACCUCGGCUUAUGAGAUCGGCUUAUCUACGGUCAUAUAUUGUACUGUGCCCUCAGCAAAGAAUGAACUUUUGUCAUGUCCUGCCAUAGUAAAGGCUUCAUUCACAACAUGUCUGCUGUUAGACCUUCCCUUCACUGAUCAUGAACUGCUUCCGUUGAGGUUCCAGCUUUUCUGGUUUCAUGUAGCCUGGCAUUGUUGUUGUCUCUUGUAUCUCCAUAGUGAUGGUUCCGAGGGUGGAGAGUCGGGAGGACCAGGAAUACAUCUUCACCCACAAACAUAAUAAAUUAUUUUGUGAUACCUUUUAA